AUGGGGGUGCACGGCCUAUGGGAUCUCUUGAGGCCAGCAGCAGCAGCAACAUCGUUAUCAACACUCUCAAGAGAUGCUUUCCUCUCAAACAAGAAUGGUCUCAGAGCACUUACUGUUGGUAUAGACGCUUCUAUCUGGAUCUUUCACGCCCAAGUGGUGCUGCAAGGAGAGAAUCCAUUCUUGAGGACGAUAUUCAUGAAGAUCACAGCCCUUCUCCGGCAUCCCGUGAUUCCAGUCUUUGUCUUUGAUGGCCCAAACAAGCCCAAUGUCAAGAGAAAUCAGAGAGUGACAGGAAACUUUGGUACCCAUGACAAUCGAAGUCGGCAGUUCAAAGCUCUCCUUGAUUCAUGUGGGCUGGAAUGGUGGAAUGCACCGGGCGAGGCAGAGGCAGAACUGGCUGUUAUGAAUCGACAGGGCAAGAUCGACGCCAUCUUGUCUGAUGACGCCGAUGCUCUUCUUUUCGGCGCGACUUGUCUCUUAAGAAAUCCUUCUGCUACUCUGUCAGGCGCUCAAGCUUCAAAGACCAACCAGGGCAAUGCCUCUUCCAGCCAUCAACGUCAAUAUGAAGUAUACACAUCGUCUGCCAUCAAACACAUGUGGUCUGCCAAAGAAGGGACGCAGUUGAAAACGGAAGAAGAUUGUCGGUUGGCUAUGGUGUUGGUCGCAUUGCUCAGCGGGGGUGAUUAUACACCAGAAGGAACUUUUAGUAUCGGACCUACAAUCUCCCACGGUCUCGCUAGCGCUGGUAUAUCAUCCAAGCUCAACGACUAUAUCCACAACAAAUCCUCCUUCCAAGACGCCCUCCCCGACAUCCAGCUCGAAAUCAUCCAAGAGCUCCGCACAAAUGCCACCAAGCAAGUCGGCCGUCGCUAUCCCGACCGUGCCAACAAGAUCUCCGCCAUCACUCCUGAAGAGCUCUUCCCACCUGCAACGCUGGAAGCCUAUCUGAAUCCAUGUACCAGCCCACGUGAUGAUAAGUCUAAAGGUUGGCCCGGCUUUGGCCAGGGAUCGGCUUCGGGCAUACGAGGCAAGGGAAGGAAUGAAGGCAGAGGCGAUAUGGAAGGCUUUGCUUCUGCCUGUGAAAAUUAUUUCGAAUGGGGUACCAAGGACCUCGUUUGUAAGAAAUUCGGCGGAGAGAGUCUGGGCGUAUUUGGGUCGCAGAUCAUGAACUCGGCUCGGGAGGCUGUUCGAGCGAGGGAUGCUUUCAAGCGGGCCAAUGGCUCCAAUGAGACACCGACGAGACUUACUUCGUACUUUCAACAAUCCGUCCCCGGUUCUUCCUCUCGGAGCAAAGGCGGCGAGACAUCUCAGUCUGUACCUCCAUCCCAACCACCAUCCCGAAACCCUCCUCCCCACAUCCUUGCUAUCCACUCCGCCCACCCCGAUCCCACCAACAAAAACCUCUUUGAAUAUCGCAUAUCUUUCCACCAUGCUGCUUUGGCCGAGCGGUGUACAGAGGCCAUGAUAGGUACCAGGAUGGACCCAGGACAGCUACCGGAGGAAGAGAGGGAGAGACUGGGUCUUGUGGGGAGGAAGGAGCAGGAUGAGGAGGGGCUCCCUGCUACCCAAGGAGCGGCUGCGGCAAAGACGGAGACAAGGGUGUGGGUACCAGAGUAUCUGGUGAAGGAAGCAUGGCCGGGGAUGGUGCAAGAGUAUGAAGACAAGCUCGCGGCCAAGAACAAGCCAAAGAAGAAGGGCAAAGCCGUGCCCCCAAAGAAGGUAGUGGAGAAGGAGAAGCCAAAGCCAAAGAGUAAGAAGGUGGUGUUGGAAGCCAAUGAGGAAGAUACGGGCGCAUUCACGUCAUUCUUCAGCAGUCAGCCCAUACCGCCGUCGGAUCCGGUGCAAGAGGAUGAGGAUUGGGACGCGCUUUUCAGGAUGAGUGAUGAAGAGCCCGUGGUGAACCGGCCUGCUGUGGUACCCAAGCGUGCCCAGGUCGUUGGGGAGGUGAUAAAUCUCUGUCUCUCUCCCUCGCCGCCUCCAGUUCCCACUGCGGAAAGUAAGAAGCGGCUCGCGCGAUCCCCGCUCGCCUCUUCUCAAUCCAGUGCGCUGUCUGGAGGUGAAAAGAGUGAAUCCUCCGUCCGCACAGUCAGGCGUGCUCGAAAGAAGAGGUCUCCUGUACCAGCCUCACCGAGCCGGAGCUCGCCCGUCCCUACCUCAGCCGACCAGACUCUCCCCACGGCCUCCAACGCACCUCGCUUCUCUGCUCGCCAAUGGGGCCAAAAGGCCGUAUCUUCCCCAGCAGUCUUCACUGCCCGGCCGGCGGCGUCUCUCGGGGUGAUCGACCUUUGUAAUACAUCAUCGGAUGAGGAUGAGGUGGUGCCACCUCCAAGGCGACGGGCUGUGCGAGCUUCAAAAGGUCUCGCCGCCGAGUCGGGGGUCCUGACCAGCUCUCAACGCCCCAACGCUCCCUCUCCGAGAAUGACGCGCUCUUCCUCUGUAUCCCUUCCCGCAGCGGAAAAGAGCACUACCAGGCCCCCAAAGAUGGCCAAAGGAGGUUCCAUCUUGAACCACCCUCUCUUCUCUGCCGUCAGCGUCAUGUCACCUCCACCGCCGAGUCCUGCGGGCAAGGGGCAGACACAAGCUUCAUCAGAGUCUACGUCCGGGCUGGGGUCUCCCAAGGCGAAGGGGAAAGAAAGGAGCGGCUCCCCCACUUUGCACCCGAGACGGCCAAUGUACAGGAUGAUCAGCGAGACGGAAGAAGGCGAGGUGAUUGAUUGUACGAGGAGGAGAAGGUCGUAG